CUAUCGGACAGCCAGUGGAGAGUUCGCUAGUCGCUACACGCGCUUACUACUGAUGGACCAACAUUGCCUGCUCGGGUUGGAUCGCACUGACAUGACGCCAACGUAAUGAUGACGUGACGCCAACGUAAUGCUGACGUGACGCUGACGUAAUGCAAACUUGAGGUUGUCUUCUCGCAUCCCGAUUGAACUCGGAUUCUGUCCACGACGGUGAUGGCGCUGAGCUGGAUCUUUUUGGUGACGGGGCUUGUGAUAGCUCUGCCUGCCGUUCACCCGCACCCACAACCACACACCCAUGCAAUGUGCGUGAUGAUGGACAGACCUUACCAGGGGGCGCGACAGCUACUAGGUGGCCGCCUGCCUCACUGCCUGCGGGGUAUCAAGCCCUUCAAGCACCACCGCUCUGUCCUCAGACGCUGCAAGAACCAGGUCAAGAAGAAUCUCAUCAUGGAUAGGAGGGACUUCAAGAAGGAUCUGCUCGACCCGGAGACUAUGGAAGGUGUGAUGACGGAAGCGUGGGAGGGCGUGGCGGCGUGUCUGGUGGAGAAGCUACAACUGGAAGCAGAGGACGGUACACUAGACACCAAAAAGCUAGUCAGGGCAACUGCUGGAAUGGGAGGGAAGGACAUUUGGAAAGUAAAAUACAUGCGGGCGAUGGUGAUCACCUGUGCUGACAACACCACUGCCAAUAAUGCCACACAGCAACUGAAGGACGUGAUGGAGUGCGUGCGGGAGGGUGCCCUGGAGUUCUGUGAGAGCAAGAUGGCGUUCGCUAAACGAUGGUUGCAGUCCUCCUCUGAAGAGUCUGUCUGUAGCUCGGUGGUGGUGCCUCCUGAGCCCCGGGAGGCGUGUGUGGCGUGUGCGGAGGAACUGGGUGUGUCCGAGGCAAUGUGUGGCAGCGACGGUGCAAACAACGACACUUUGGAACAGGAACACAGCAAGGCAAUCCACAUACCGGGCAGUAUGCAGCUUGACCCAGAAGAGGCGGAGUGGGCGGUUCGGCUAUGUGCCAGUGAGCGGCUGGGCUGGUAUCGCCCCACGGAAGGCUUCCUUUUCACCGAGAUGAGCGAGGCCAUCGCAAACUUCACUGGCUGGGAGGACAUUCCGCAGGUGCGGGACAACGUGACCCAGACCAUUGUGGACUGCGCGCCAUCCUUUGAGGGAGACGUACAAGUGCAGGCCGUGCUGUGGACCUCCUGCUUCAUGACCACUAUUUUCGACACAUGUGGAUUUAGGAGCAACCUCACCAGGAUGUUCUUCCCGGGUCUGCGCCACACCAUGCGGCGUGAAGUGAGGCAGCUGAUGCGUGGCCUGGUGGAGGUGGGUGACCUGGGCGACGACGACGAUGACGACCUGGACGAAAGUGACGCUGAGCUGGUGGAUGCCGGAUUAUUGGAGAGUUCUUUCAUGGAGGAGACGCAGAUGGAGGAUGGUGGCACCGACGGUCCGAGAGUCAGAUCUGCCAGCAUGAAGGACCACAGCACGAGUGGCUCCGAGAAGAUGGAUAAGCAAAAUGAGACUAAAAUUGACCACGAGCCGGACACCAGCGAACCACCGGAGGACGUCUCCAGUGACAGGCCUCUGGAGGCUGAAUCUAGCGGCACGCCUCCUGGCGAGUCGAUUGGCACUCUUCCAGGUGAUUCCACUCAGGAAGGCUCCAGCGGCGGAAUGGACGAAACCUCCGAGAAGGUAUCUGCUGAACCUUCGGAAAAGAUGCCCGAUGAGGGCCAGUAGUGGUGCGGCGGCACGUCUGCAGGGUGUGGAGUCAUAUACGUAGUUUUUUUGAGUGCCACGGAGGGAAUCUGUUUGUCUCCUUGCCGCUAUGCAAUUGAUAGAAGUACAGUAUUUGCAUAAUACAUAAAUGUCACUUGUUAAAUUAAAGUAGAUUAUCAUGUAA